AUGAGCUGCUGCGCGUACCGGCCCCGCGCGGCGGAGUCGCUGAGGGCCAUGCUGCGGCACUGCGAGGCCUACACCACCGUGUACUGGCGCGCGGUGGGCGACAAGUUCCCGCCCUACGACCAGGUGCCGGACUACGGCGUCCGGGUGGACUUCGAGAUCCCCGUCACCACGCGGUGCCUGCAGUGCCAGGACCGGCGCCGCGGCGCCAACGGCACCUGCGGCUUCGACCCCGCCACCAGGGACUUCGUCUGCAUCUGCGACGGCGGCCGGAACUCCACCACGGACUGUGCAGGUUUAUCCGAGGAUGAAGUUAAGAAGAAGGGCCGGGACCAGGCCAGUGGUCAUGUCUUUCAGGUUGGCAGCGAGGGAGGAGCAAAGGUCAAGGAAGAAGAAGAAGACGGGGGGCUCUUGCCCCCUCUCUCCCGGUGGCGCCGGAACGCCACCGGGGCCAUCAUUGCGACACCGAUCUACACCAACAACUUCACUGCCGUCAUCACCAACUCUUCCCCCCUCUAUGCAGCGGUGUAA